UCGUGUCCCUGUCGAAUGAUCAGUCGUUGGCUCGUCUCCCUUGUUUUGAUUGAACUAAAAGUCUGAAAUAGAUCAUUCUAAAAGUAGCAAACAAGGUGAGAUGUGUUUACCUGCCGUUACAUUUGGGGACCCGAAGUAGGAGUCUAUAUACUUCCUGUGUAAAAGGUGUGGCAAAGUGUACCUGGAUGUUGGUGUCAUCUUAGUUUGUUGGGACUAGGUUUUAUUACACUGUACGAGGAAACACAGGCUUCAGCAGGACAACAAUUUGUUUAGGGACUCUGACCGACCUGUCACCACGUUGGGGAGGAAGGUGACUUUUAUAUUAAAGGUGUCUCCAAAAGUUACCAACUCAUGUUGGCCCCAUACGAAAGAGUAGGACAACUGCGGAACCUUUCCUGUGGUCCAGCAACCACCGUACCAACGUCAGAAAACAGUGAUUCAGACACAUGGAUGCUGGCGACCCCGCUUCCGCUGAUGGAUCCCUUUCCUGCCUCUGAAGGAAUGAACUCCGACAGCGCCAGCUCUAGCCCCGAACCAGAAAUAACCUCGGACCAUGAGGAGUCUCAGGUGCAGCUGAACUUGUUCCGCAAACUGGGUUUUUCCGCAUCGCAGGUGCAUGCGGCGCGGCUGAAACUGGGACUUAACUCGGACACCAACACCGUCCUGGGGGAGCUCGUGCUGGCGGGCGUAGAGCAGGAGGAGAGGAACUAUUCUGGCUUGGCUCCCCGCCUUCCUUCGCACAAAUCGCCUGCCAGUUUGCCCCGUGUACCCAUUGCCUGCGCUUCAACACAGCAGGAUGAGUGUAUGGAUGGUGAUGCUCUGAAACCGAUCGUUAUCGACGGGAGUAAUGUUGCCAUGAGUCAUGGAAACAAGGUGGUGUUUUCCUGUCUGGGAAUCCAGCUGGCUGUGAACUUCUUCCUUGACAGAGGUCACACUGACAUCACUGUGUUUGUCCCCUUGUGGAGAAGAGAGCAGCCCAGACCCGACGUACCCAUCACCGAUCAACAUAUUUUGAGGGAGCUGGAGAAGAGGAAAAUCCUGGUGUUCACGCCAUCGCGGCGUGUAGCGGGCAAACGCGUUGUGUGCUACGAUGACCGCUUCAUUGUCAAGUUGGCGUGCGAGUCGGAUGGCAUUAUUGUCUCCAACGACACAUACCGUGACCUGCAGGGUGAGAAACCGGAGUGGAAGCGCUUCAUCGAGGACAGACUGCUCAUGUACUCGUUCGUUAAUGACAGGUUCAUGGUUCCGGAUGACCCUUUGGGACGCCGCGGUCCAACUCUAGAGAACUUCCUACGGAAAACCCCACGAGUUAUCAAGCGGAAUCCAUGUCCUUAUGGUAAAAAAUGUACAUAUGGAAUCAAGUGUAAGUUCAGUCACCCGGAGAGGCCAAAGCAGUCUAACCGCACCCUGGCAGACGAGCUACGCGAGAAGGCCAAGAAGCCCGCCUCGUCGGCAACUCCCCACAAAUACUCCUCUCCGGCGAGUGUCCGAGCCGGCCACAGCCCACCACUGGAGGAGAUCCUGGAGAAUAAACUGCACUUGGACCCGCCGGGGGCGCCGGUUCCCCAGUGGAGAGCCGAGGCCAGCGAGAACAUGCUGGUGUUGGUGGGAUCUCCGCAGAAAACAGAAAAAAGCAGGAAACAUUGUCUGAAGAAAGAGCGCCACAGCCACAGCCACACUCACACUCACAGCCACAGUCACAAUCCCAACUCUAACCGCAGUCUGUCAUUAGCCAGUGCGGACUCCUUCGCCAACGGUUCCCCUGAGUAUCUGGACUCGGGUCUGGGCUCCUACGAGGGGCACCCUGAGCGCCACCACCCUGGAGAUCCCAUGAAGCCCAGGUCCCUUCAGAACAGGGGGCAGUACUACCCCCCUCCCCCCUGCAACAGCAGCCAGUCCUGCCCCUGUUUCCCCCACCUACCUCCCCCCAUGCCCCCUGCCCCCACCCAGCCCCAGGCUAACCUGCGGUACCCCAACCCCAACCACGUCCCAGGCUCGGCUGGCUCUCACGGCUUGGACAUGUCCUAUUUCCCACAGCCUUGCUAUCCUCCGUAUGCUAGCCAGCAGCACGCUGCCAGCCUGCCACAACACAACAUGACUGCCUAUGGUUCUCAGCAACCCGGGCACUCUUUUGUGCACCAUCCUGGCCACUGGUCUGCCCCGUACCCCCAGGGGUAUACCCAGUCUGUCCACAGGGAGCCAAUUCAGCACCACUCCUGGGGGGGCCCCAUGCCACCCCCGGCACGCUCCAGCCCCCCCGGAUCAGGAACCCGAGAGGAAGUGCGCAAGAAGCUGAUGGCCAUCUUUAACGGUCGUUUGGUGGACCGAGCUAUGGACAUGUUCCCUCAACUGCUUGACCCCCAAAGAUUGGCAGCAGAGAUCCUAACUCUACAAUCCCAGGAAGGGAUCUUGUGAGUAGGGGGAUGACGUUGUCCUCCUCAUGGUGACUUUCUCUGGAAGUCAUUUUACAAUAUACGUGGAACUGUGGUCAGGCCAUGGUCAGAAAUGACUUUUGGAGGAUUUGUCUUAGCAGUUAACUGAAUUUUCAGGCUUAGUUGGGUCUGUGCAAAUGAUGGAAGGAAGGAUCAGCCACAAUUUAAAAGAAUAUUGCUGCUUCCACUUGCUGCAGUCUGCAUGACACCGAAGUCAGACAACGUUAUGCAACACUUUGCCACUUUUAAAAGUAUAUUUUCAUAGGAAACUAGUUUUGGAGUAAUCUUCAAAAAAACUUGAGAGGUAUAUGGUUUAAGAUGUCAUAUUAUAUUUAUUCUAAUCCGUUGCUACAUUCAAAGAGCACUCAUGGGACAUAAAUGAUUCUCUUUUUAAUCAUGAUGAAGAGAUCUCAGGAAAUAUUCCAGCGUGGUGAUUUUCCUACUUGUUUCCACAUGCCAAAGGCCUCGGAGACGUAAAAGACUUGCCUCCACAAGAUUUAUCUGUCAUUUACUGACUGGUCUGAAAGCAGAACCAUUGCUUCUGAAAAGCACGUGCAGAUAAAGCAAAGACCUGUUGACGCAAAUUGUGUCAUUAGACACAAGAAGUUUGGUAUAGAGUGCGUUAGUGAAACUGUCAUGUUGUCCUGGCAACGUGAUUUCCAGUUGUAAACAAACACACUGCAAAUGGCAUUUUCUAUUGCCUCACUGUGGUCCUUGUUUUGGUUGAACACAUUCGCACAUUUUGCAGUAAGGUCUGCAUUCAGUGUGAUCAGAAUUUCUCAGCCACAGCCUGCCUUUAAAACUAGUCGAGAAACAUGUUCUCGUCAAUGCUUCGUUUCUGUAGCGAGCCUUAUUUUUUGACUGUGACGCUAUAGUGCGUAAGAACUAUUUGAAAACAAAACUGGUGUAUGUUUGCUUUGUACCAGAAAAUGUUUAUUUGUUCAGUUUGUUGGCACUAUGUGCCGUAUUGUGUUGCUCAGGCAACAGUCCAUGAACAGGUAGACAAGUAUUUGCCCUGUGGGUCCUAGCUUUUGGUGCAGUUUGAUAGAAUAGAAUAGAAUAGAAUAUGUAAGGGAUAAUCAAUGACGCGCCGUGUGUUUCUAGGAAAAUUAUGCACGUUCGAAGUGGUAAUAAGGCCUUUACACUUCGAUAAGUGCAUUAUUUUCCUAGAAACGCACAGCGCGGAGUUGAUUAUCCCGCUUAUACCACUGCUACUAUAAUUUUCGUUGAUAUUGCCGCUGUCUUAGAUACAAAGUUUCUGUUUUUACCGUUACAUUCACAUUGGCGAAUUAAUAUUCAAGUGUGAUAAACCCAAAAAAACUAACUUCUUCAUAGCCGUGCG